AAGCGACAGAAGCGAGCUUGAUCACUCUUCUACUGCUCAAGAACAACAAACCAUCAAUCAAAAUGAAAAUGAAAAUGAAGCGCCUCUGAUUAGGACUCGCCCAUUGUAUGCCAACAACAAAUCUGCUCAACCAACGCGUGUACAUCAACACUGGCACCAGCAGCAGGAAAUUCAACGUCAUCAGCAAAUUCAUCAAUUUCAACACCAUCAACAGUUGCAUCUUUCGCAGCACGGUCGACAGCGCCCUGUAGUCCAGAACGUUGGGGGGUUCACCUCUCUCUUUCAUCCCAACCUCCGCUCUACUUUAUCUAUCCAACCCGGGCUAUCCUGUGGCAAACUUUCAGACCGAGUUUACCCGCUCCACUUUCUCCUGCUUCCUCCUUCCGCUCCCCUACUCCCCCUACUCAUUCUUUGUCUCCGCCUCCUCUUGGUGCGAUGUCCUCCAUUUCAUCGGGCUCGAACGCCUACCACGUUGAGCUGUCUGGACAACCUUCACGAACAAAUCUUAAACGUAAAGCGGCGACAGUGACACACGACUCUUUGGCGUCUCGCAAACGACCAUCUUCGUCAUCGUUACAGUCAUCAGAGUUAAAGACACA